CGACGACGACCUCGACACUAUGCUUCUCGUCAACGCUGUCGUUCCCUCUGCGCUUCUCAUUGCCAUCCCUCACAAUCCGCAGGCGGCAGACACCUGCUUGUCCAAGUAUUACUAUGGCACCCACGGUCAACAGGACAUCUUUAUAACGAACGACGAGCUAUGUGUCGCCGAAAUGCCCAGCGACCUCGUCAUGGACGGCUCGCUCGGGAGCAUAUCUGGAGAUGUGCAGCAACUUGUGUGGCUGCAGCAUGAAGCUGUAGACCCAGCUAUCAAGCCCGCAACGUUCGUUGACGAGAUCGACGCGUUCCUCUCACACCUUCCCACCGCUGCUCCCACCGCGUCCAACAAUGACCAGGUCGUCUUCGGGGAGAGGAAGGCUGCGCCUCAGAUCCUCCACCGCACGGAGAACGCGGCCUUGAUAUCCGUGGACAGUGCGACCGCGCUCACGUUGGACCAGCACCUGCCUGCGUUCUGGAAGGCGUCUCCCCUCCCAGACUCCCCCAUCGACUUCAUUCCUGUUCCCUCCAAGGCGAUCGAGCGCGUCAAGGACAUCCUGAACAACUUGAAGUUCGACCCCGUUGUUGCCGCCCUAGUCAACAACAUCUCCGUGCCGCAACUGCGUGCGGACGUGCGCUAUCUCACCGGCGAGUCCUCCUCGUCCGAGAUCGUCUCCCGCCACUCGUUCUCCAGCGGGGUCCUCAUCGCGGCGGAGUGGCUGAAGACCAACUUCGAGAACCUGGGCGCGACCUGCGAGCUCAAGCCCUACCUGUCUGGCUUCGCGCCCAAUGUCAUCUGCUCAUUCAAGGGGUCGGAAGACACGACAGAGACGGUCCUCAUUAGCGCGCAUUACGACAGUCGGGGCUCGUUCGGCAGCACGCGCGCGCCCGGUGGCGACGAUGACGGGUCUGGCACCACUACGCUACUCGGGAUAGCGCGCACUAUUGCGCGCAAGGGCGUCCAGUUCAAGAAGAACGUGCAGAUUUGCGCGUUCUCGGGCGAGGAGCAGGGCCUUUACGGCUCGCGGUACUACGCGCAGGAGCUGCGCCAGAAGGACGCCAACUUGACGCUCAUGGUCCAGGCGGACAUGCUUGCGUACCACGCGCCCGGCGAGCCCGCACAACUUGGUCUUCCCGAUCGGAUUGGGACGCCCGAGGUGACCCAGCUCGUUGCGACCCUGUCGGCCAUCUACAGCCCCGAGCUCAAAGUCGGCUUCACCCCGGCGUGCUGCAGUGACCACCAGAGCUUCCAUGGCCAAGGCUUCCCAUCCACUCAGGUGUUCGAGCGCGCGGGCCCCAUCGCGGACCCCAUGUAUCACAACAGCGGCGACCUGAGCGACCGCGAGAACUACGACUUCGAGCAGAUCAAGUCCAUCGCGAAGGUGCAGUUCGCUACGCUGCUCCAUGUGGCCGGCUUCGACUUGGCCAGCGACGAGUGAUUUCCCCGACACUUCUUGGAUCUGGAGCCUGCUUCUCGAUAGAGAAGCGGUUCGUGUACUCAUACGUUCAUACCCC